CCGCACAUGAUGAAACGCUUAGUGACGUGCUCAGUGACCCUGUGGUUGUUGUGGUUAGGUGUGAACGGCGCUACUGAUCAGCUGGAGCGGCCCAACAUUGUAAUCAUUGUUGCUGACGAUUUGGGAUGGAAUGAUGUCAGCUUCCACGGAUCGAAUCAAAUCCCUACACCCAAUAUUGAUGCACUCGCGUACGACGGCAUCAUACUGAACCGUCAUUAUGUGCCACCGCUUUGUACCCCUUCGCGAGCAUCGCUGAUGACGGGCAAGCAUCCGAUGAACAUCGGCAUGCAGGACCACGUCAUCCUCUCGGACGAACCGUGGGGUCUCGGGCUGGAACAGAAGUUAAUGCCCGAGUACUUCCGCGAGGCUGGCUACCGGACGCAUCUGGUCGGCAAGUGGCAUCUUGGGUUUUUCCGACGCGCGUACACACCAACUUACCGUGGGUUUGAUUCCCACUUUGGCUAUCUAGGGCCGUACAUCGACUAUUGGGAUCACAGUUUGCAGAUGAAUGAGACAUCUGCCCGUGGUUUGGACAUGCGACGGAAUACCGACGUCAACUACGGUGCCAACGGGACUUAUGCAACGGAUCUGUUCAACGAUGAAGCCGUCCGCAUUAUCCAUUCGCACGACCGUAAGCAGCCACUGUUCCUGGUGCUAACCCAUCUCGCUCCCCACACCGGUAACGAGGACGAUCCGAUGCAGGCGCCGGAAGAUGAAAUCGCCAAAUUCAGCUACAUACAAGAUCCGAAGCGUCGUACAUUGGCAGCCAUGAUAGCGCGAAUCGACACGGGCGUUGGACGAAUCUAUCGUACGCUGGAGGAGCGCAGCAUGCUCAACAACACCAUCAUACUGUUCUACGCAGAUAAUGGUGCACCGACGGUUGGAGUUCAUGCCAAUUCGGGUUCGAACUAUCCUUUGCGUGGGCAAAAAUAUUCACCCUGGGAAGGAGCCGUGCGUGGUGCGGCACUAAUAUGGAGUCCACUACUCCCACAAAAGGGUAUUGUUUCUGACCAGUGGUUACAUGUAAGCGAUUGGUUACCAACGCUAGGCUUCGCCGCAGGUAUCGAGUCCAUCCCCACAGGCACCACUAUCGAUGGUCAGAAUCAAUGGCUCACGUUACAGUCUCCUACCGCUAAAGGACGCUCGGUUGUGAUGAAUAAUGCUGAUCGAAGGUUUGGCUACAGCAGUUACACGAAGCUAGGCUGGAAGUACAUCAAUCGGACAUGUUUUGCUGGAGCUUAUGACACAUGGCUUGGAGAGAUCAUCGAUAGUGACAAUGUAACAGAAGACGACUAUUACAGUCUUCUAAUGGAUGCAACAAAUAUCGGUGCAUCUUUGCAUAUUUCUCUCGAUAAGGUGGAAGAAAUUCGCAAAACUGCAGCAAUUAAUUGCUCAAGUGACGUAGAAGAAAUUCUUUGCGAACCGCUCGUAAAACCAUGUUUGUUCAACAUCAUCGAUGAUCCAUGCGAACGUAGAAAUCUAGCCGACGUGUAUCCGGAAGCCUUGCUGGACCUGCAAUUGGACGUCGAACGUUACAAACGGAACGCUCUUCCACCGCGUAAUAAACCGCACGACAACGCGGCAGACCCUGCCUUGUACAAUAACACCUGGACCUGGUGGCAGGACGCGAUCGAUGAGGAGCAUUCGUCGCACUACAUCCUCUAUCUGUCGGCGGCCGUUGAGAUACUACUAAUUCUAAUCAUCAUAUGGUGUGGCUACAAGUAUUAUACAAGGUCACACAAAAAGUGA